AGCCGAAGAUGGCGACGAUGGCGACGCGGCGCGAGUUGUGGAAAAUGUGAAAUUUAAAAAACCAUGUCGUUAAGUGUCCGCGAGUGUUUCUGUGAUCCACAUUGAAUUAGUGUAAAUGUAGAAUGUCAGAACCGAAACGGGUUCCUCUGCAAACCCUGGAGUUUGCAAACGCCGCGAAAAAGGAUAAGGGCAAGCAGCUUCUGCCCUCCCAUCGCUUUACUUUGACCCUGCUGGAAUCUAAUGAAAAGACAUGUCCCGAGUUCGACUACGCUCAACUUCUCAAAGCUGCCGAGAGAAAAAGGGGGAAAGAGUAUAAAAGAAAAGAUGAAAACACCACAAAUGGAGGAUUGGAUCCUUACGACGAUGAUGAUGAGGAUAAACUCAAAGAAAUGGCUAAAAAAUUCGAAGCCAAAUAUGGGAAUGCAACCUCGGGGAAGAAAAGUCAUAAAUUCCAAGGUUAUCCGGAUUUGGGAGCAGGUUACGAUGAAAAUGAUUCCUUCAUCGAUAACACGGAUGCCUACGACGAGAUCGUACCCGAUGAGGUGACUACAGCCCACGGGGGCUUUUAUAUCAAUAGCGGUGCCCUCGAAUUCAAGUCUGCCAAUAACAACAAUAUCAAUAACAUUAAUAAUGAUAACGAUGAUGAAGAUGAAAGCAGUAAGUCGGACGAAGAAGAAGAUGAAUCUCCCAAGCGAUUGGAUAAACGCGUUCUUAGUUCUUCCGAGGAUGAAGAAGCGGAAGAAAUCGCCAGAGAUCAUCCUGCAAAAAAGCCGAAGAUGGAAGAGACUGUGGAGAAGAGACCUAAUAACGAAUCUGUGAUUAGAAAAAAGAAGAAACCAAUUUAUCAGCCUGAAGAGCCACAACAAAAUCAUUGUCCGCAAAUCAACAAAGAUGAGACUCUCAACAAAAACUCUGAGCUCAAAGUCGAAACUUCUGAAAAUGGAAACAACGCAGACGAGCCGGAGGAGAAAAAGAAGCAGGGGAAACCAAAUGAAGUGCCGCGAGCGAAGACAGUACUGGAGAAGAAAUUUGACAUCAAAAGGUUUGAGAAGAAAGUGAUGAGUAAUGGCUACGAUGCGAAAAAGGUGGAAGGCAAGAAAGUCGUUGAUGUCGAGAAGGACAGUAAAAUCGAUGAUGCAAUUGAAAGUGUAGUUAACGCAUCGAGGGUGGAUAUAGAUGAGUCGAGUCGAGAAACUUCGGAUUCGGGAAAAUCUCGAGGUGCACCAGGGACUGAGUCCGAUUGUGAGGAGCUAGAUAAACAAGAAUGUCCUUUGCCAGAUUGCCUUGAAGAUGGAGUUAAAGAAAUUUGUAAUAAUUUGAAGAUUCUGGCGCGUACGGCGACGGGAAAAAGUAAAUUUUUUACCCAAGACGUCAAUUGUUCACUUUUCAAGUUGGAAACUAAACUCCGAUUGAUGAAUGCGAAUAAUAUAAGGCUGCAAACUUACAGACAUUUGGCGCAUUAUUUACCUUGUACUAAAACCACUCUUAUUAAUCGGGCUAAAAAGUUGCAUACACAGCAUCAAGAUCGCAACGUCAAGACCCAAUUAGAAAAGCUGAAGGCAAUAAUUGACAGCGUUAUGCCUAUAGCAGAGGAAAAGUACAAGAAGGAGUGUCAAAGGAUAGUGGAAGAAAAGGGCUUUCAAUCACCAACAAGAGAUCCUUUGGCUGAUAGCGAAGGGGAGGAAAAUUCGGUCAAAAACGGGGAUAAAAUCCCACGGCAAAAGUUUCCUUGGAGCGAUGAAUCUAAAACUAUUGUACGUGAAAUAGCAGCAUCCAGGAAGCAUUAUUUUAAGAUUUCGAGACCGAGAAAAGAAAAUGUCGAAAGUUUCGUCGCAUCAUUUUUAGAGUCAAGAGUUCUGCCUCUGUGGCCUGCGGGUUGGAUGAAAAUCGAAACGCUUUUAAAGUAUGCCAAUUCGCACCCAACCCCUAAGAAGAAGCAGAAGAAGUCUAAGGACAUCAUCAUUGCUUCCGGUAGCGUGAAUAACACUCUCAAAUGUGAUCACAUUUCGAACAAUAUUUCAAUCCUCGGAUUGGACAAAGGAAAGUCGCCAUCUAGUUCCUACACUGUAAACUCCACAGAAAACUCCCUCAACCUGAAAAUCAGCGUUCAGAAUGCAAAAUCAAGCGAUUCCAGCAACGAGAAAAAGCAUAAGGAAAAAGGCAACUCUAGCCUCUCAUCAAGUCCGCUGCUUGAAAACACGACUCUUAUGAAUAACGUGCCUAUCGGUAAAAUAUCCGUUGUGCCUACCGCGCAGUUGAUGGCCCCCAAGCUCUCAACAUUGAACCACCUUGACAAGUUCAACCCUAUGGAUCUAACCAGCACUUCCAUCUCGAUCACGCCCGUCGUCAACGACUAUCCGAAACCGUUAGCAAUCAAAUCAACAGAGAUCAAGAAGGACAUCGUCUCCAUCACGCCAUCUUUAGGCGAAAGCAACCUUCCCCAAAGUCUUUUUCUUCCCAAGCAGGAGAUCCCCAGCCCAAUCGCUAAUCCGAAUUCCGCCAUGGUCUCGAUGCCCAUAAGAGUACUUCAAGAAGCAGCGAUCGAUACGAACAAUGAGAUGAAAGUGGAUGAUGAUCUGGAACUGCUCAAAGCGGAGAAGAAGAGGGAUCGUUACUUUGAUGACCGACCAAAGUCCCACGAGAGCAAGAAAAGGAGGAAGGAAGGAAGAAGCGAUCACGAACAAAAGAUUGUAAUGAACUCGGAAGUUCCGUGGUCAAACGACGAACAAGAACCGAAGCCGUUUGACGAAACAGAGGCUGCUACCAAUUUCCUCAGUCAAAUUAUCAAUGACGAUCCUCCUGAUAAGCAAAAGGAUCCAAUUGGCCUGGAUGAUCCUCUGGCUUCGACUCCGGUCACCGAUCAAGAAAAGGAGGUAGAGAUGGUUCUGCGUUCACUCCAGCAGCUUCAAGAAGAAAUGAAAAAUUCGCCGGCUCAUUCUCCAGUUGGUGGCAGUGGGUCUAAAUCUAUUAAAAAUGACCUUCAGUUCACCAGUUUUGGUGGUUUAUAUGGCAAGAAUGACGACAAGAUCAGAAUAUCGAAAGAGGACGGUCCUUGGUGAAACGACGGAAAAGAUCAGUGCGCUCGUUUAGAAACGGGAAGCUAGGAUUGGCUCAAUCAUUGUCGAGAAUCGUUCUUGUUCUUCCAAUUUGUCGUCAGAAUCCUCAUCCAAGAAAUGAUAUUGAUUAGGCUGGAUGGCUAGUGAGUUACAUGCCUGAUAAUAUAGAGUGUGGGUGUGUGUGUGUGUGUGUGCCAGUUGACCAGUUGACUCAGAUGCGAGAUACAAACAUUCGAGUAUUUUUAAUUCGCCAAAAUCUGUACAUAAAUACAUUUACAGUAUAUAUGUAUGUAUUGAAUAACUUAGUGUAUACGAUCA